CACGUAGCGUUGCCUAGUUACCACAUUGCAGCAACUCACCAGCUAAGAGCUGAUAGUGGUGAUGCCUCCCAAGAAGAAAGGUGGGAAGAAGAAAGGAGGGAAGGAGAAGGGAGCCAAGAAAGAGCCUCCUCCUCCAAACAAGAUUGAAGAAGAGCCCUUGAGCGAAUUGUCAAAAGAGUUCUAUCUCAUUCAAAUUCGUGACUUAGAGGAGAGAGUAGCUAGAUAUCAAUUGAAAUGCGACCACCUCCAAACCACUAACGAGACACUGCAGAAGAAACUAACACAGCAAUUAGAAGACCAAGAGCACAUCAUUGCACUCCUAAACAAGAAGAUACAGGAGCAGACAGAGCAGUUUGCUGAGCUUGAUGACCAGCUAGUGGCACUGAGACAUGAAAAGGAGACCGAGAGAGAACGAUUGAUGAGUGAAAUAUCAGCUAUUAGGGAGGAAGCUCAAGACCGCCUUGAUCAGUUGACAGCAGAAAAUACAGUCCUGCAUGCCACACUGGACUCUCUAGAAGAAUUUAAAGUUAACAAAGAGAAGUUGGAAUCUGAGCUGAAGAGCAAGCAGGAAAGGAUUGAGGAGCUCAAGAAAGAAUUUGACGAGAAAAUAUACUCAUUAGAAAAACAAGCUGUCCUUGACAAAGACAGGCUUCGGAAAGAAAUGGUGUCAAAGGUCAACUCAGUUGCUUCAGAGUUUCGUAAAGUCUCGGACUUACAAAUGGCCGACACAACGAAACGAACUAUACAAGAAAACAUGUCAAUCGGUCGCCAGUUGCAUCGAAUGUCAGACAAGACAACGGAGCUAAUGAAAGAGAAUGAGAGACUGAAGGAGAGGGAGAAAGAACUGUGCCGACGUAUGGAAAUAAUGGAAGCAACGGAGAGAGAUGUGACAAGAAAGAAUAUUACCAACCAGAGAUUCCUGGAGAUCCUUCGUGAGAAGAUACAGGAGCAGGAAGCUGUGCUAAGUGAGCAUAGUGACUGCCAUGAUGAGAUACUUGCACUUAAAAAUGAGCUGGAGCAAGCUCAGUUUACAACAGUGACACUCACACAGCAAGCAGAAGCAUACAAAAGUAGCAUGAAGGGACUAGAUGCAGAGCUAAAGGAAGUUCAUAAGGCUCACGAGAAAACUAAAGAUGAAGUGAAGAGUCUUAAAGCGCUGCUCCAAUCUGCUACUUUCACACUCAAAUCAACCCUAAUGGCAAGCCCUGAGGAUGAAACAAAUAGAGACCCACUAGUAGUGACAUUACUGGAUUUACUAAAAGCAGCUCCUAAUGGUAGGACAGGGAGCAAGAACCAAAUAGGAGGAAUUACUAGUUAUAAGCCUGGUGAUCUGGGGCUAGUUCCUGGACAUUUGCCGCCGCUUCAGUGUCAGCCAAAAAGAUAGAGAAAACUAUUUUUUAUUAUAAAAGAAGCAAAAAAACUAAUCAACUGUUAAUUGUAUGAAUCUUUACAAAAUUAAUUGAAGAAAAAAUAAAAGAGUUCCUAAUUGUGUGAACACUA